CAGCGCACCUGUCCUCUCCUCCGCCCCCGCCACACCUCCACUCCAUGGUUUGGUUUUGAAAACCGGCGUCGCGAGUCCACAGAUAAAAACGGCGGCCUCCCCACCACGCUCGUCGUCCUUGCCGAUCGAUUCCCGCGCCCCCACCCACGCCGCCAAAAAGCUUUUCUCUCGCUCGAUCAUCUGCACAAGCUCUGCCUUUGUUAGUUGUUCUUGCACAACUCUCUCUAGUCUCUGCUGGUGUGGUUGUCCCAGCUCUGCCUUUUCUUUUUUUCCUGGUCAAAUUUAUCAGUCCCCUCCGUCCUUGGCUGGCGCCUUUUGGAAAUUCCGGCGGGUUGCCGUCCUCCGCUUGUGUUCUUGCCCGUCCAGGGUGGUGGUGGUGGUGCUAUUAAUCUGGAGAAACAGUCCUCCAUCGCUUGGGAAAUCAUCCAACAAAGGGGAGAAGUCGGCAGCGCCACGGGCUCAAGAUCAGAGAUACUGUUGCUUCAAAUCCCCCAGAGCAGGUGACGGUCUCUCACUUGGACGCUGCAGUCGUCAGAGUGUUAAGGAAAGAACUCAUUUUUUUACAAGAUUGGCGACGGGCAGCCUCCAGAAAAACCAAAGAUCAGAUUCCUGAUUCUGUCCGUCGUCAGAAGAUCGAAACUCGUCUGCGCAUUGCGCGCGCAUUACAUGCUGGUUGCUGCGUCGCUCAUGGCGAUGGAGACGGCGGACGAGCAGCUCACCAGAGGCCAGCACAACCCGAGCCGGCAGCGGGGUGGGAGGCCCGCCGUGGCCGUCUGGAGGCAGCAGCGGAGCGCAGCCACCACGGCCAAGCAGGGGCAGCGCCAGCACGCGCCGAAGCAGCCGCCGCCGCCGGCGGGCGGGCUCAGCGCGGAGGCGUUCCUCGUGCUGGCUUGCGUCGCCGUCUCGCUCAUCGUCCUGCCGCUGGUCCUGCCGCCGCUGCCGCCCCCGCCGCCGUUGCUGCUGCUUGUGCCGGUGUGCUUGCUCCUGCUCCUCGCCGCACUGGCCACCUUCGUGCCGUCGGAUAUCAGGACCAUGGACUCCUCCUAGCUACUUAGUAAUUAUUUUUGUACUGUUGUGAAUCUGACAUUCUUUUUGUUCCAGCUUUUUCUUCUCUCCGUGUAUGGCAUAAAAUGAGUCAAGGAAAUGGAAAUUUGUUCUCUUUUUCUGAAA